AUGCCACCCGAAGGAAACACGAGGGCUGGGAUACUGCCAAGUUACCCAAGCCUAGAUAGGGGGAGUCGAAGUGCAGACAUCGGGUUCGAACUACGAACCUUCCGGUCAGUUGUUGCCAUUAAAAUUGCGAAAUCAGUUGUGGACAAGGAUGGCCGAACCCAGACAACUGUUGUGUCUCCGGCGGACCCAGUAACCAGCUUCCAUAUCUACGAGAAGUGCUGCUUUGACAGACGCGCGUUCGACACUUGUGCCUCCAGGCAAAAGCCGAUAUGCCGCCGCCGGUACGAGGAUUUGAGAUUGGUCGAUGCCCUUCGCCUUCACAAUUCCGAUUUCAAGUCACCUCUGACAAAGAUGUUAGGUUCAAGCAGUUCACGACAUAUACAAAGCUCAAGACACGUUACAAUGUACGGAGAGCUCUCAAAAAUCUUUCCCACAAACCUUGUCGACCUGAUAUGUGCAGGUGAAAUCGUUUCAACCCAUGAAGAGCAGAAAGCAGAAGCAAAACUAGAAAAGCUGACCAGCCAUCCAGGCCUUCGACAAGUGGUUCGCACCCACGAAGUGUAA